GAGAGUCUGUUUUACAACAGAGAGUUCUGUCAAAUGUUGUUAUUAAAUAACCUCAAAACACCAGUUUUUAAAUAAUUUAAGUAAAAGCAAUUAAAAAUGAGCACUGAGAUUAAAAUAUGUUUCACGUGUCGUAAAAUUGAUCAUAAGAAAUACAGCAAUGUGCGAGAUUUUGACACCGACAUGAUUUCUUACUUAGAAAAAUUAAAAACUUGUGUGACAACAAACUUGAUAGAGACUGAUAGUAUGGAGAUGUGUCCACUUUGCAUAAAAUAUCUUCGAAUAAGUUACAAAUUUCACAUGCAGGUUUUAACAUCUCAAGAUUUAUUGCAAAGGGAUGCCAUUAAAGAAGAAUUUGAUGAGAGUGAGAAUUACGUAAAAUCGGAUUGUGACAGUGAUUUUGACGGUUUUGCCAAAAGUGACAGUGUUAGUAAAAAACGAACAAAACGCAACACUAAAAAGUCCCCAACCUCAAAUGAAAAGUUUCGCUGUGAUCAUUGCGCAACUGAGUACUCCAAAAACUGGCAAUUGCGCAAACACUUAACUCGAGUCCACAACGACUUUCGCAAAUUUAUUUGCAAUUAUUGCGGUAAGGAAUUCAAACAGUCCUACCACCUAAAAGAACACAUUACGUCCCAUACGGGCGAAAAAAACUACUCCUGUCCCAUUUGUGAAAAAAAGUUUCAAAGACUGUCCUCGCAGAGGAGACACAUCAAGUCGCACGACGCGCCUCCCGGUCAUAAAACCAAACGAACCCCAUUUUUGUGCACGAUCUGCGGGAAGAGUUUUCCGUUUUCGAACGGUGUGCAAAGACACAUGCGGAUUCACCUCGGGAUUAAAAACUUUGAGUGCACUUGGUGUAAUAGGAGGUUUACGCAAUCGACGCAUUUGCAAGUGCAUAUGAGGACUCAUACGGGAGAGAAACCCUACAUUUGUGACACGUGUGGGGAGAAGUUUUCGCUAAAAUCGUGUCUACUGAAACAUAAAAAUACUAGGCAUUGUAACUCCCAGCCUCUGGUCGAUGAGUUGCCCAUAUUUUAUUUAUCAAAAGAAUUUGAACAAAAUUAGAUCAUUUAGACACUAUUGUAGUGAAGGUGCUUGCAAUAUUGCCAUAGAUUGUCAAUUUGUAUGUCAGUUUUUGGACAGAAAUGUACUUAAGAAAAUAAAUGUAUUGUUUAAAUACGUGUUUAGAAUAGUUAUAUACAUUAUACGUGCGGUAGGUAUAAUUUUACAGCGUGAAGUUUUAUAUUGAAGCUCGAAGCGAAGCUGAGAGCUUUAAUAAAACUGAACGCUGGCAAAUACCUAACACACAAAUAAUGUUUAAUAAAGUUUAUUCAGACAUA